CGGGGGGGUCAUAGGAUGCAGGGUCCCCCGUUCGCUGGUGCAGUGGUUUAGCGCCGAUCGCUUCUGUGAGUCUAGCGCGUCAUAUGAAGAGGUGGGGCAGCGUGGUUGUUACUGGAGGCGGCAACGAGGCGAGAGAGCUUCGGGUAGCGAAGGCGCCGUUUGCGGGACCCCGGUCCCUGGAACAAAAAAACGAAUGCUUUUGUUUCGGAUCUGACAUGUGAAGUGGCCUGGACCCGACCUGCUCUCAGCACACCGAUGAGCAUAGCAGCCUCCCCCCCACUGUAAGAGGAGCGGAGGACCAGCUGCUCUGCGUCUCAGGGAUCCCCCCUCCACCCCAUGCCGACCUGUGUGUGCCUGCAGCCCCCUCUGCAGCAGCCAGGGCAGGGGGUGUUUGUGUGCGCUAGCUGUGCUAACGCUGUCAAGGAUGGAGGCAGAGCCUCCGCUUUAGUGCCUGCCAGCCCCCAACCUUCCAGUGUUGCUCCUGUCUCCAGACCUGUCCCGCUGGAGCCCAGGACUCCUAGUUCUGGGUCCUCCUGGCCCUCCGAAACCCUCCGGAUCCGCUCCACUCUGCUCGGCAAGAGGGCCUUUUCCGCACAGCCCUCCUUCCUGCCCAGAACCAUGCCCAUAAACGAGUCCUCCCCCUGGGAUGGCCGCCAGCUGAAGGGUGGCCCCGAUGGAAAUGUGCGACUCUCUGACGCUAAAAAAGUGCCUUCACUCCCCCGGGGUGAUCCCACCCCCACCUCCCUGUCCACUUCUGGUUGCUACGGUGACCCCAUGCUGCUGCACACUCCUGAGCCCGUGCCGCAGAAAUGGCAGAACCUUAAAGUCGAACCGGACCGGGCAGCAGUGGGCCAGGACCUCGCACUAGGCCACAAAUUGGAGCCUGUGGCCCUGAAUCUCCACCAGGGGGAGGGCACGUAUGGCUGGCAGCAGCUCGAGAGUGCCAAGGCAGUGGACACAUACAGGAUGACCCUGCUCAAGCUGAGCGGGAGUGUGCCCCACGGGGAGGCCUGCGGAGUGGACCUGUGUUCCUCCUGGGCGGAGGUAGAACUAGCACACCCCCCCUCCUGCCCUGUUAACCCCCUUUCUGUAGCCCCGGCACCAUCCCUGCCCCCAUUCCCACCUCCAGAUCCUUGCCUUUCCGACGAGACUGAGGAGCCCUGUUCCGUUCCCAUGGAGGCCUCUACAGCCCCCUGUCUCGACCCCGGCAGCUGUGUCUGUGACGUGCCAUGCUCCGCUGCGGUCGGCCGGUGCGGUGCCGGAGACCACGGCCAAAGUAACGGCGUCUCCCCUGAACUCCUCUCUGUGUGCUCGGUGACCACCCAGAUAUCCUCCAUACACCUGACCAAGGAGGGCCUUCCGCUCGCUGCGCAGCCCUGCUCCCCCUGCCCUGUCCUGCAGGAGCAGAGUGCCCUGAGUCAGGAGACGGAGGCUGUGCUGUCGGACUGUGCUGAGGAAGAGGAGCUGGCAGGCAGGCUGGAGAGCCAGUGCAGUGGAGACGACGAAGAUGGCUCUGAAGCGUCCGCUCUGAGUGAUUCCUCUACGGCCAUGCUGGCUCUGCCAAAUGUGGAGGAGCUGACCUCCCAUGAGGACUGCAGAACAGAAAAACCAGCCCUGGUGCCAAGCCUGUUCCCCUCCACUCCCCCGACAUUGUACUUCAGCACUGCCGAUGAGAGAGUGGCGAUGCUGCCUCCUGAGCAGAGCAGACUGCUGAAGUGGAAGAUGAGCUCUGUCACGCCCAACGUGGUGAAGCACACCCUCGCACGCUCUCACUUUAGCCCCACCAAGAACGGCCACGACUGGCUUGGCUGUUGGGGGCACCAUAUGAGGUCUAUAGGAUUCAGAGCCCUUCAUGAGCACCAGAAGCUGAACCACUUCCCCGGAUCCUUCCAGAUCGGCCGGAAGGACCGGCUGUGGCGGAACCUGUCCAAGAUGCAGAUAAUUUUCGGCCGACGGGAGUACAGCUUCUUCCCACAAUCCUUUGUGCUUCCACAGGACUUGAAGCUGCUGAGGAAGGCCUGGGAAGCGGGCCGCCGGCUGAAGUGGAUCAUCAAGCCGCCUGCCUCGGCACGGGGAAACGGGAUUCAGGUCAUUCACCGCUGGAGUCAGCUGCCCCGCAAGAGACCUCUCCUGGUGCAGAAGUACCUUCACAAGCCCUUCCUGAUUGACGGGAGCAAGUUCGACCUGCGGAUCUACGUGUACGUCUCCUCCUAUGACCCUUUGCGCAUCUACAUCUUCACCGACGGCCUCGUCCGCUUCGCCAGCUGCAAGUAUUCCUCCUCAAUGAAAAGCCUGAGCAAUAAGUUCAUGCACUUAACCAACUACAGCGUGAACAAGACUAACUCUGAGUACCGGAGUAAUGACGAUGACCAGUCCUGCCAGGGUCACAAGUGGACUUUGAAAGCACUGUGGCAGUACCUAGGGAGAAAGGGGGUGAGCACCACACAGGUCUGGGAGAAGAUCAAAGAUAUCGUGAUCAAAACCAUCAUUGCGGCAGAUCCGUAUGUGAACAGAAAUAUCCAGACACACCUGAGGUCGGCCUACAGCUGCCAUGAGCUGUUUGGCUUCGACAUCAUGCUGGAUGAAGCCCUGAAACCAUGGCUGCUGGAGGUUAACAUCUCCCCAAGUAUGCACUCCAGCUCGGCGCUGGAUCUCAGUGUGAAAGGACAGAUGGUGCGGGACCUGCUCAACCUGGCAGGGUUUGUCCUUCCCCGGCCGGAGGUGGUGGACGCAGCUGACAGCACCAGCGGCAGUGUGUGUGCUGAGGUGAAGGAGCGUCCAGGACUCAUGUCACACCUGUCUCCUGAUGAGAAAGCCAAAAGGUUGCACUACGAAAGCCACCGCUUUGCAGACCAGGAGUUCCUGUCCUCUCUGCUGGACGUCCUGACCCCCGGGGACGUGCGGGCGCUGGUGCAGGCGGAGGACGAGCUGAAUCGGCGGGGGGAGUUUGAGCGAGUCUUCCCCUCUUCCGUCUCCUCCCGCUACAUGCGCUUCUUCCAGAAGCCCCGCUACCUCAACAUCCUGCUCUGCAUGUGGGAGCAGCAGAACCGCGGCGACAGGGGCCAAGGUGUCAGCCUGCUGAGGACUCUCUGUCAGAGGGGCGUACACUUGGGCAGAUCCUCUGACCCCGCAUGUGCUUGGUCACUUGAAUCCUCAGCCGGCCAGGAGUUUGAACCCAACGUGAACCUCUCCCUCUCACAGGAUGCCUUCGUGUCUGGUGUGGAGUCCAGGGACCAGGACUUGUCCCAGGCGGAUCUGUGAUCUGUGACCUCCACCUGCUUUGGGGUGCUCCACCCACUCCCAGCCACAAUACGGGCCCAAAAACCUCCUGCUACUGCCCCCUGUGCCCUCCCUCACUGUGCGCUCUGGGCCCCAGCGAGUGCGCACACACACACACACACACACACACACACACAACCCUGCUCCCCUCAUCUCUCUCUCCCCUCUGUUCUCCCCCCGGAGGGAGGGGGUGAUGCCUUUUAGGACAGGAGUUGGGAAAUGGCUGACCUCAGUCUGUGCUCUUGUAGUUCUGUGGGUUACACUAGUCCCAGCUCUGUUCUUUGAGGAGUCCAGGGGUUGUGCUAGGCUCAGCUGUGCUUUUGCAGUGCAGUCUGUAAGUAUUUGGACAGUGGUACAUUUUCUGCUCUUUUCACUCUAUGCAUUCACAUUGGAUUUGAAAUGAAGCAUUUAAUUAUUAGAUUAAAAUGCCGUAUGUCACCUUUAAUUUGAGGCUAUUUAAAUCCAUAUUUGGUGAUCUGUAUUUGAAUUACCUCCCUUUUAUACAUAGUCCCUCCAUUGUUGGGGUCCAAAAGUGAUCGGACAGUUGGCUUCUCUACCGUUCCUGAUCAGUGAGGUGUAUUCAAUCGCUUAUAUUCAUUGUUUCAUUUCAAAUCCAGUGUGCUAGCGUGAAAAAAACAGAAAUUGUAGCACUGUCCAAAUACGUACAAACUGCACUGCAUAUGGUCCAGUGGGUCAUGAUGGCUUCUGCUCUGGUAUUGGGAGGGGUCUGCGGAUGAUGGGAGCCCCAGUUGUGUUCUAAUGGUGGUCUGUACGUUAUGCUAGCCUCAUCUGUGUUUAGUCACCGGGUCCAUGGUCUGUCAUGUCUUGUCAAGUCCCUUCUGAAAGCAAUGUUUACACUUUAACUUUGGUACUCGGGGUUUGAACUUGUAAAUCCAUUUGGCUGGUCAUUUCAGAUAUGCUAGGUAUAACUAUUUUUAAUUGAUAUAAAAUGGUGAUAAUUGUUAUUGAUAAAACAUUUUAUCAUUUGAAUAAUGUAGUUCCUGUUGAAGGGAAGGUUCAGCUCAGGGUCAGAUUUUCACAUUAAAAGUUUGAAGUGAA